GAUUUAAUUUUAAACACAAACGUAAAGCCUAAGGGAGAUAUAAGUGCAACAACUUCAAGAUUCAUACAAAAUGUGUGCCCCAAAGACAUUUGUGAAACGUGCAUAAGACUUCUGAAGUUUGAAAAUUUAUCAUCGGAAGAGUUCGACGUAUGCAGCAUGUAUUGGAACUUCGCUUGAGUGACAUAAAAAACCCACAAAAAUACAGAUGAUAAAAUGAACUUAUUACAAACGACCAUCUGGAUAUAGCUUGAUCGAUAUGGAUUUCGCCCCAGCGUAUGAUGCAAAGAAUUUUAUGGAAUAAUUCGAAAAUAAUUCUUCGAAGAUUGACCAGUUUCUU